ACUUUCAGUAACGCGAAGUCCUCCUAUCUUUUUUUGCACGCACGGGCCAGCAAAUCUUAAAGAAAUAAUUCUUCAAUUCCUGCUUAAACCGGCUCGCGUUUAGCUAGACUCGUGCAGUGAAGGUCGUCCCAGUCCUCCCAAUUUGGGAUUCACUCGCGCCUCCGCGAGUCCGCAGGGCUGGGGUUACGUGCGUGUAGCUGUGUGCAAAGUGUGUGUCUCUCGUUAUCGAAGCAAGGAACCGGGAGGGUUAGUUGGCAAGCGGAAUCAAAUUGUGUAGGUACCGCCAUAGCAACUGUUUUGGGCUGCUGGUGGGUGUGAAGGCAACAGCAUAAAUCGAUUGUUGACAAGCUGUAUCAUCCGCUUCCCUGAAGCUUCCGGAGCAAACCUUCUGGUGUGCAAACGACUGGCAGCUAACUCAGAUCACAGUCGUGUUUUCACUUAGGAUACUAGCUGAACAACUUCGAUUCAAACUAUAGUUUUGUAUAGGUUGCGUUCACUCCCCUUAAUCAAAACACACAAGUGUGAAUUAUUUCAGCAAAUUAUUGUCAAAACGUUGUGUGGUUCGCUGCUCUUUGGAUAAGCAACGGCACUUUGACAAAUCAGCAUCAUGUCUUUCCAUCCUCGUCCUCCGGGAACCACAAUCGUUUCCCCUGGGAUACCGUACAUCGCUCCACCAAUUGUACAGCAACCGAUGAUGCCUGCUAUGAACCAGCCACCCCCGUCUAACCGAGGAGGGAGUUUCCGAUCCGGAGCGACAAUCGGGUCUCGUCCACAGAUGUACAAUAACAAACCACCACCCCAACCAGAACCCGUGUACGAUGGUCCGAUAGUGACCGUAUUCGUAGGCAAUAUCAGCGAGAAGGUACCAGAUCCCAUGAUAAAACAAAUACUAGCCGCUUGCGGCACAGUGGUAAACUGGAAACGUGUAUCAACCUUUGGAUUCUGCGAAUAUGAUCCUGCCGGGGGUGCACGUGCCGUGCGCUUGGUACACGACCUAGAGGUGGGAGGAAAAAAGCUGGUGGCCAAGGUGGAUGCCAAGAAUAAAGCGCUGCUUGAUUCGUUCCGUGAGGAUGAAAAUAACGCCGAAACAACCAACGAAGUGUCGGAGAAGCGGGGCGAUGAUGAUGCAAUGGAAAGCAUCAAUCGCAUACUGGAAGACUUCAAGGAAGAGCUGGCAGCGGCAGAGCAGCAACAGGAAGAAACUCAAGCCAAGCAGAAAAAGAUGCUUCAAACGGUGGACAUUGAAGACGGGAAGCGCGACAUUAUCAAUAAAGAAAUAGGCAAGUUUCGCAAGUACACCGAAGAGGAGGAGCUGAAAAAGGAAAAAGAAAAGGAGCGCAAAAAGCGGGAGGAAAAGCGAACGGAGGAAAAACAACGACGUUCAGUAUCACCCCGCAAGGACAAAAAACCUUCGAACUCGUCGAGACGGCGCAGCAGAUCGAGAUCGCGUGAUCGUGAACGCGACCGUGAGCGGGAACGAGAGCAGCGUGAACGUGACAAGGAGCGUGAGCGUGAGCGCGAGCGAGAGCAGCGCGAACGGGAGCGCGAACGAGAACGUGAACGUGAUUUAGAAAGGCAACGGGAACGGGAAAGGGAACGCGAAAGGGAACGGGAACGAGAACGCGAGCGGGAGCGGGAAGAUAUCAAGGUGAACCGGAAUCCUCGUGACAUCCAGAAGGAGAAGGAAAUAGAAGAGGAAGCUCGGGAAAGGAAGAAAGCGGAGAAAAAGGCCCGUGAUAAGGAGGCAGCGUACCAAGAACGGUUGCGCAACUGGGAAGCUCGUGAAAGGAGGAAGGCCAAGGAUUACGAGAAGGAACGGGAGAAGGAUCGAUGCAAGGAAGAGGAACGUGAGCGGGAAGCGAAACGGCUGAAAGAGUUUCUUGAGGACUAUGAUGACGAUCGUGAUGAUCCAAAGUACUAUAAGGGUCGUGAGCUGCAGCGAAGACUUGCUGAACGAGUUCGUGAAGCAGACGCCGAUUCCAAGGAUCGCAACAAAGAACAGGAGGAGUUGGAUGAAUUGAAGAACAAAAUAUUCAGCGGAGAGUAUGACAACCCGACGCUCGAGUUCGAGAAAGCCAAAAAGGAACGCGAGGAUCUAUACAAACCCAAGAUUCUGAUUGACGUAAAUUUGGAACAAUCGCAGCAGCGCGAACGGGAGCUGGAACGGGAGCGUAUGCGGGAAAUAGAGCGUCAGCGCGCGAAGGAACGCGAACGCAUGAAUAAAGAGCGCUACGUAUUGGCACAAGCUUCGAGGGAACUUGCUUCGGUCGACGCUGAACCAAUCGAAUCGGACUCCAGUGGGCAGGAUAAUUUUAAUUCACCUGCUGGAAGUGCGCUGCAGGCCGCGAAUAGCAGUACUUCUAAUGGGCCAGGUUCAGGCUCUGCCAGCAUAAUGGAUGGAAUGGCAAAUAGCAACCAUCACCACCAUCACCACCAUCAUCCACAUCAUCAUCAUCAGCACCACGGUCAUCAUAAUGCAACGGAGCAACGCGUCGCGUCUGCUGGACAACAUCCGCCUCAUGCAGGUUCUGAAACGCGUGAUUCAUUCGGGCUGAUGGGGCACGGUAGUGUAGGCACUGCUGCACACGGUGGUUCUGGAGGAAUGCUGGAUGAUGAUAGCUCUCGACACUCGAUGCGAUCGAACUCGCAGCACGGAAUUCCCGAAAGUCCCGAAGCAAAUAGCAACAGUGAGAUGAACUCUAUAUCGGACAAAUCGUCGCAUCAUCACCAUCAGCAACUUCUGCCACAGCAAUCAACAGUAGGCCCAACGAUCAGUCUUAAUCUGAACGUGAAUGCUAAAAAGAAAAAGCUUGAAAUGAAGGACGUAUUCAACAGCCUUGAUGACGACACUGAGGAAUCCAACGGACCGAAAAAACGAAAACUUGUACCAUUGGAGUACGAGGAUGGACGGGGUCAAACGGACACACCGAUUGGAACGGCAAACAGCACACCGGCGGGUAGCGCGCCAAAAUCAUCGAAAAGCAAAAAGGAUGACGCAUCGAGCCGAGAAACUCAAAAAUCGCAGGAAGAGAAGCGCAAAAAUAUUAAGAGUAUUAUCGACAAGAUACCAACGGAGAAGAGCGAUCUCUUUAAUUAUCCGCUCGAUUGGAACGAAAUCGAUAGUACGAUCGAGAAGAAGAUUCGACCAUGGAUAAAUAAAAAGAUAAUUGAGUAUAUAGGUGAACCGGAACCAACGCUGGUGGAUUUCAUCUGCUCCAAGGUGUUAGCCGGUAGCACUCCCCAGGGUAUACUGGACGAUGUUCAGAUGGUUCUCGACGAGGAAGCGGAGGUUUUCGUUGUGAAAAUGUGGCGACUGCUGAUCUAUGAAGUGGAAGCAAAAAAAGUUGGUUUGGCGAAGUAGGGACUACCAACGAACACGCGCUAACGGGAAAAAAGGAACAAAAUGCAAAUGCAAAUUUACGCAAAACUGCGUGACACCGUACAGAAGCAGUUCACCCCGAUGUGUGUACCCCCUACCUUUGACCGGUGAGUCAGUUGACAGCGGUCAGUGAAAACAUUUUUUUAGCUGGUGUAUUUGGUUAGGUUAAGCGAUUAGCGCUACGAAAACUGUUCAACAAGGAGCGGUGAGGUGUAUAAGGAAGGCGUGCUGAUCGCAUAUAAUAAACCUUGUUCCUAAUAAUUCCCCUGAUUCCCUUUUUGAUGAUAAAGUUGCAUUCUAUCCACUGACAAUUUUUAAGUAGAUGCCCCGCGUCAACUCAAAGGCACUAUUUUUUAAACUAAAAUUGCGUUACAGAAGUGCGCUUCAUAAACUAUAGAAAGUGUCAAUUUUGUUUUAUUGUAAAGCACUAAACUACCGGUCUCCUAGUUAAAAGCCUUCUACUCUCAUGAUACUUUCUCUCAGCGCAGUUAUUAGUGAGUUUUGAUGGCCAUGUUUAUGGUUUUUGAUCUACUUUAAAACAUACACUUUACAUUACUACGACACACAUAAUGAAAACUAAGUUGAAUACGAAUUUUGGCGCGUACCAAAAUGAUGGUUUGUUUGCUCUUCAUACAAUUGUAGGAAAGAAUCUGUAUUGCUAAGCUAGUUAAAAGCGUUGUAAACAUAAAACAUUGAAGCAAGGUUGCCACAAACCCUUAGAAUUAAUUUCAAAAGAAACUUUUUUUUAAAUUUCGUUGAACGAUAAUUCGUGUCAGAAAGAUUAAACCAUUAACAAGAUAACCGGACUCUAACUAGCUCGGAGUAACGUAGGAACAAUAUUCAAUGUUUUAACCUUACAUGACUAACCCGCACUAGAGCUACCCCGAACAGGCGUUGUAGCUAUGACACACAUACGCAGAAAGUGUAAAGGAAACAAUUAUCUAUUAUAGUGCAAAACAAAAAGGCUUAUAUAAAUACACACUCAGCCGAAGGCACCUAUAAAUAAUGUCAGCAAAAA